GAUGUUUCAGAAACGCCAGAUUUGUAUACGAACGGUAUACGGUGUCGGCAACAAAUUACAUUAAUUGUUUUAGUUAAUAAAAUAAACAUAUUUGAAACAGUUAUGUGCGCAUCUUAGGACAAGUGUUUAAUUUGAUUAAUUAAAGUAAUUUAUACGGACUGUUUUGGUUGAAUUUUGCUUUCGUCUGACACUUCGUCACACUUUCUUCCGAAAAUCACAUGAUUCAGCAACAGUACCGCUGCUACAAAUCAGUGAAUAUCAAAACGUCUACAUAACAAAGGCCAGCUGGUGGAUAGAGAGGACGACGAGUGGUGCGGAAAACCCGUUUUUGCUGUAUGGUUCGCUUGGCUGCUGAUUUCACUUCUUGCUUUUGGCUGCACAAGGAAUUAACUUGACUCUUCAGUUCCCAUUCAGACUUUGGCUCAGUCGGACGUACUAAAGCUUUUCUGUUCACACGUUCGAGGAUUUCGUGGUAACUACAACUCGUGUGAUAUAACUGGUUCGGAGAAGGAGAUUCACAUUAUUUGUCCGCAGGAAAUUAUCGGACAGGGUCACUGGAUCUGAUUCAACAACGUGUCCAGCAUUACAUAAUAACUGAGGAAUUACGGUAUUCACACGUUUCAAACUGGCCUACUGAGGGAAUAACGGUGUCCCGCCUUGGAGAAAGUGUCUUGAAUGAAAAACGUGGAAGUGUGAAGAAGAGAAAAAAGAAAGUUUUCGUUCGCGUGCUGUAUCAUCAUUCCGUAGUUUGCUGCUUCAUUGAGAAGAAAGUUUUGAGCUCCACGUACGAUCGCAUCAAGAUGAGCAGUUGGCCGCAGAACGUUGGAAUUUUGGGGCUGGAAAUCAUUUUUCCGUCGCAGUAUGUUGAUCAAACAGAACUGGAAGUAUUCGAUGGCGCGUCGGCAGGAAAGUACACCAUCGGAUUGGGCCAAAGCAAGAUGGGAUUUUGUUCUGAUCGUGAGGAUGUCAACUCGCUCUGUUUGACUGUAGUGAAUAACUUGCUCGAUCGGCACGGCAUUCCGCACUCCAAGAUUGGACGUCUUGAGGUUGGAACCGAAACCAUCGUGGAUAAGUCAAAAAGUGUGAAAUCGGUGUUGAUGCAGCUUUUUGAACCAAACGGAGUAACCGAUCUUGAGGGAAUUGAUACCACGAAUGCCUGUUACGGAGGGACUGCAGCUCUCUUCAAUGCAUUGAACUGGGUUGAGUCUUCCAGCUGGGACGGAAGAUUAGCGUUGGUGGUCUGCGCUGAUAUUGCUGUUUAUGCGCAAGGAUCUGCUCGACCUACGGGAGGCGCUGGAGCCGUGGCCAUGCUGAUUGGACCCGAUGCUCCGCUGGUUAUUGAUCGGGGCAUGCGUGCGUCGUACAUGAAGCACGCUUAUGAUUUUUACAAGCCGGAUCUCAGCUCGGAAUACCCGGUAGUGGAUGGAAAACUAUCAAUUCAAUGCUAUUUGAGUGCAUUGGAUAAUUGCUACCAAUUGUAUCGUAAAAAGUACGCCCAAAAGCACGUGAAUGCUCCUGCCGUAGACCUUAAUCUGUUUGAUGCCAUCAUUUUCCAUACGCCGUACUGCAAACUGGUUCAGAAAUCUUUGGCCCGUUUGGGUCUCAAUGAUUUCGUACUGACUCCCAAAGAUAAACGUAUCGAAAUCUACCCAGGAUUUGAGCAAUUCAUCGAUGUGAAACUUGAGGAUACUUAUUUCGAUCGGGACGUCGAGAAAGCUUUUAUGACACAUUACACACCUGUAUUUGAUGCGAAAACUAAGAAAUCACUACACUUGGCCAAUCAAGUAGGAAAUAUGUACACACCUUCGGUAUAUAGUGGUCUUGUGUCACUUUUAAUCAACCACGAAGUUUCUGAGCUGGCUGGCAAGAAGGUUGGAGUCUUUUCGUAUGGAUCGGGCUUGGCUUCGUCAAUGUACUCGAUAUCUAUAACCGCAGAUGUGCAAGCCCUCGGCACAUUCAAGUCGCAUUUGAACUAUGUACAACCACUGCUUGAUGCUCGGAAGAAGGUAGUUCCUGAGGAGUUCACCAAGCUUAUGGAAAUCCGAGAGAAAAAUAAUCAUGCCGCUCCUUACGAGCCGUCUGGAGAUGUAGAUGUACUGUUCCCGGGAACCUACUAUCUCAGUUCGGUUGAUAAAAUGCACCGGCGUGUUUACCAACGGACUUCGACUAACAAACCAGAAAAGAAUUGCUCUUCUUAGUGCUGCCUCCUAAUGGGCAGGAAUCGAGCUAUAAUAUAUUUGAAGGUUAUUUAUAUGUGAAUGUUUAUGGUCAUGUUUUGUUUUCUCUCUAUUCUAUGAAAAGAAAAUGUACGUUUUGCUCAAAUCAAAAGUGCUUUGUGUUAAUUGAACACUUCAUUAUAAAUCCCAGUGUUUUCUUCAGCUUUAGUAUAUAAUACUUUGGAGACAUGUACAUUAAUAUUUUUCUAGUAUUAAACCAGUUGUUCGUAAAACAAACACAUAGCAUAAAUAUUAUUUGAAGACUGGCCAUCAGGUUUGCUUUUUCAUUUCAAAACUCGCCGUUACAUAACCUUGAAGGCGAAUUUGUACUGUGUCUUGCACAUCUAACGGUCCAACCACAAACCAAACACCCGUAGAUAGUAAUAAUAACUGUAAACAUCUUGUAAUCAUCUCAAUCGGCCAAUUAUGUCAACCAAAUAGAAGAAUAUAUAUUGCUACAAUUUCAUCUAUAUGACAAAUACAAAGAAAGAAAUACAAUAAGAAACCAACGAGUGGAUAAAUAAACCGUGUUAAAAUCAAACACGCAAUAAAGCUAUAGCUAAUGCACUUUGUA